AUGACAGGAUACUUUGAUUUACCUCUUAAUAUGGAAAGAAUAUGUAGAAUUUGUCUCACAGAGGGUACUAACUUAUCCUCUAUUUUUUCUGUGGAUCAAGAUGUGAAUGAUUUUGCGGGUCUUCCACAAAAAAUACAAGUUUGUGGAUCAAUAGAAAUUCAUGAACAAGAUGGAUUACCUUCAUUAAUUUGUGAUAUUUGCAUUUAUAAAGCAAGCGUUGCCCAUGAAUUUAGGCAACAAUGUCAACAUUCGGAUGCCAAAUUACGAAUGUACUAUAAUAAACCAUCAAAGUCUACUAUUGUGGAUACAUGCACUCAAACAGAAUUAGAAAUAGAACCAGUGUUAUCAAAAGAACACGAAGUUAGUCAAGAAGAAUACUUUGUAAAAGACGACGAUAUGCAAGCAGCAACAGCAGUGGCGGUGGUUAAUUCUCAAGAAUAUGUACAUAAUAACUCAUAUUCCAAAGAUGAAUCCGACUUAAGCAAUGGUCAAAUUGAUAUACAAAGUGAAAAACUUUUCAUAUGUUCUAUUGGAUUCGAGAGAUCUAAGGAAAUAGAAAAAGAACCCUGUAUUUCAGGCAAUGAUUUACAUGGAACUUCUCUGAGCCAAGGAGAUAAUGAUAUUUCAGAAUCUAUAGAUAUUCAAAAUAAACCUGAAGAAAAUCAAGAUAUUGAUCAAAAUGUAGACGAAACUGAAAAAACAAGAGAGGUUGAAUUUCUAACUGAAAAUAUAUUAAACGAUGACAUUGUAGAACAAGAAAAAAUGCCACAAAAGCGUACAUCUACAAGGAAAUUAAAAUCAGUGUGUAAUAAAUCUUACAGUGAAGAUGAAAUCGAUGACAGUUGUUAUGAGCCAGGUAGUGACAGUCAUGAUUCUGGAGAAUCAAAAUUUAAAUGUAAAGUAUGCUCGAAACUUUACAGUACACAAAAAGGCUUAAAAAAACAUUCCCUUGUCCAUGAAAAGAAAUUCAAAUGUGAUAUCUGUUUAAAAAUGUUCUACAAACAGGAGAAUAUGGAGAAUCACAAAAAAAUACAUGUAUCAAAACCUCUUGCAUGUAAGUUAUGUCAUGCAUGUUUUUCCAAACCUCAAAGUUUUGCACGUCAUUUGAAAUCCCACACAGAAAAAUUAAACAACAUGAUUAAAGAGAUCAAUACAGAUGAACAAAAAGACAAGGAACCAAAAAAAGAAAUGAAACUUGAGGAAGACACAGAUGAUGAAACUGGUAUUGUCAAUGAAGUCAAUGAAUUUGAAAAUGCACCUGAAUUAUAUAAAUGCAAUAUUUGUAGUCAGUAUUGUUCUUCUUUAAAAAAUCUAAAAAGACAUGCUCUUGUACAUGGAGACAAAAAAUAUUCCUGCACUGUAUGCAAAAAAUGGUUUUUUAGACCUGACACAUUAAAAAAACAUGCAGAAAAACAUGGUCAUGGACUAUUGGAUAAUUUAGUAGAGGAUAAUAAAUUCUUUGAUUCUGAAUACAAAUGCCAACAUUGUGAUAAAAUCAUGGCUACAAAAAAGGGUCUUAGACGUCAUGUUGCAAUUCAUAAGCCUAAACCUGAACCUGUUACAUGUGAAAUUUGCAGAAAAGUCUGUGCUAGUCAAGCUCGUCUUGUUCUUCAUCAAAGGACACACAAACCGAAAGAAAAAGUUCCAAGAGAAUACCUCUGUCAUAUUUGUAGUAAAGUGUAUCCAAGUAAUUCUUCCCUUACGUAUCAUAUGAGAACUCAUACUGGUGUUAAACCACAUGUGUGUAAAACUUGCAACAGUGGCUUUACUACAACAACCAGUCUGGCGAAUCAUAUUCGAAUUCAUACAGGAGACAAACCGUUUGUUUGUCAUGUCUGUAGUGCAGCAUUUGCUGUCAGUUCAGCUUUUAGACGGCACUUGACCAGACAUACGGGUGAAGCAAAUUAUCUUUGCAAAAUAUGUGGCAAAGCGUUCAAAAGACUUAGUACUUUAAAAGAACAUACGUAUACUCACUCUGGUGAAAAGCCAUAUGUGUGUAAAACAUGUGGAGCUGCAUAUAGUCACAGUGGUAGCUUGUUUGCGCAUCAAAAACGUUGCCGAGUUCAAUAUGCUGAAGAUCCUUUACAAAUGGUAGUAGACGAUCAUCGCCAUAAUGUUGCACAUCAUAUUCAUGUGAAUAAUGUACAAUCUGCAGUGCGUUCACUUGCUGUGAUAGGACAAAUGUUUUAA